AAUCAGAUAAUCUGUUUGUUUGUUUUGCUUUUUUAAAUUUUUUACGUUGUAACAACGCGUGAUAUAAAGUACUUUAAUAGAGUAUUCCUAUCUUGUGUUUUAUACGUGAGCACCAUUUGCUGUGAUAUUCUGACAGAUGUAUUCCUGUUGAUUGGAGCAAAGAUCUUCGUCAAAUAAGAGGAACGCUUAUUAGAACGAUACAGAAGAAAGCUUCUGGCGUUUUGAACACCAAAGAUACUUACGAAACACAAAUUCAAGAAUGUACUGGAAGUUCAAUCAGUCGACAUCUCCUCAUAUUGAUGUUUUAUUGAAUAAUAAGGAUGUCUCAGUAUAUGAAUUAUUGGAUGAAGAGGAUGUAAUUCAAGAAUGCAAAAUUCAAAACAAAAAGCUGAUAGAAUUCUUAUCAAGACCAAGUGUAAUGGAAGAAUUGAUAUCACUAACUUUAGAUCCUCCUGAUAAUGUAGAGGAAAGAUCUCGAUAUAAAUACCCGAAUAUAGCAUGUGAACUGUUGACUUGUGAUGUGCCAGCAAUUAAUGAAAGAAUUGCUGGCAAUGAAACGUUACUUGAAAAGUUGUACAGCUUCCUUGAGAGAGAUGCACCACUAAAUCCAUUGUUGGCCUCGUUCUUCAGUAAAUUACUAAGCGUGCUUAUUACAAGAAAAGCUGAACAGAACUGGUAUUCCUAUCAGUUCACUUGCUUACAGGUACUCGAGUUCUUAAAGUCAAAAGAAAACUGUGUGGAUUUACUGCUCAAGCAUUUGGGAACUUCAGCCAUCAUGGAUCUUGUAUUAAAACUAAUCACACAGAUUGAAGGAGUACAAAUGAAACAGAACAUUCUCACAUGGCUUAAUGAUCAGAACUUAGUGCAAAAUCUGGUAGCACUUCUGGAUCCUUCAGUAGAUUCAGACCGUCAUGGUAAUGCUUCCCAGCUUUUGUGUGAUGUGAUAAAAAUGCUACGAGAGAACCAGAUGAGUACUACAGACCGUGCAUCUUUUGAUCCUAUUUUGGAUGCCAUAGAAUCUCCAGAUACUGUAACACAAUUACUGGAUCAUAUGCUGGGCCCAGAGAAAUGUGAAACUGCAAUAGUAGGAGGUAUCUCAGUUCUACUUGCACUUCUGGAUCAAGGAAAAGAAAGCCCAAAUGUCAAUGCUACAUUCGUUGUUAUGAGUACAUCAGGUGAUGAUGCACUUAGCAGUGAUAGUGAAAGGACUUCUAAGGUCAUAUUGAGUACAACAAAUACAAUUAUACCACGCCUGAAAGAUUUCCAUAACCUGUUGUUGGAUCCACCCCAUAAACCCAGUAUCAAAACUACUGCAGGUGUAUUGGAUCCACCAGUUGGUAUUACAAGAUUGCAAGUUGCAAAGCUACUUGCUGCAAUGGUUGGUACAAAUAAUGUGGCAGUUAACAAAGAAAUAACUGAAUUAGGAACUGUAGAAGUUCUGUUAGAUCUAUUUUUCAAGUACACAUGGAACAACUUCUUACACACACAAGUGGAAAAGUGUAUUGCAUUUGCUCUGAAUUCAGAACUAACGUGUACAAAUAGUGAUGACUCCCAGACGUAUGUUCUUCUAUCACAUGUUUUCAUACAGUGCAAACUCCUUCAGAGAAUCCUUGAUGCGUGGGAAGACAAUGAUAUGAAACAAUCAAAACCAGGUGGUGUGAGAUGUGGCUAUAUGGGACACCUAAUUAAAAUAGCAAAUCACAUUGCACAACAUGGUGAGAAGGAACCAUUUGCAUCACUACUUAAGCAAUAUGUUUCUCCAGACAUAAUUGCAGCAUGGGAAAAAUUUGUAGCAGGUGCUUUAGCAGAUAUCAACCAAACACAUCGUACUUGCAUGGGUGGCAGUCAUCCAGGUCAGUCAAGUUCAGAAGACAGUAACUCAGAAUAUCCAGACAUUCCAUUUGCCCAGGGCAUGGGAUUUCGGCAGACUUUUCCUGAUUAUGAGAUACCACAGGUGGCUUCACAAUUCAUUGAAAAUUACAGUUUCCAGGAUGAUGAAUUUGCUGCAAUUGAGGAUGCAAACCAGUUGAAGGAUGACAUUGAUCAACAGGAAGAUAUUUUCGGCAAAUUAUGUGCCCAAAAAACACAAACAUUGGAAAAAACGGAUGAUGAAGUUUGGGAUGAUCAAGAACAAGAAUUAAACUUCCAGUCAGUCAUAGAUUCAAAAGCAAGCACAUGGCAAAAUGAAGAUGAAGGUACAGGGAACAGCUCAGAUGAAGAAGAAAGGGGAACAAUUGAUGGUACAGAGAUACUCCACAUGGAGAUAGACUCAACUGAUCCUUGGGAUGUGGCACACAUCAAGGGGUCAUCAGAUGAUACAACUUUCAUUGAAGACAUUGCAGCAGUACCAGAAGAUUCAGUGUUCUUCAAAGAUAUUGCCCCAGUGGAAGAUGCAGAAAAUCCAUGGGGCAACAGUGGUAACAGUGGUAACUCUGGUGGUGUGGCAGUGGCCGAUCAAGGCUGGGCAGAUUUUGGUUCGGCAGGCUUUGCAGAUUUUGAAGCCAAUUUUGGAACAUCAGAAGUGAAUGAAGGCCAUAAGUUUGAAUCAGGCAUGCAGAAAACAGAUGAAGAUGGAGGCAACACACACAAGUCUGAGUCUGUGACUGACUUAGCAGGCAAGCUUGGUGCUAUGGGAAUUAAUAAAUUGAAUGAACAUUUGAACGCAUUGGAAACAAAUGCCUGUGAACCCACUGGAUCUCUUCCAAAAUCAGAUGAUAAUGCAAAUUGCAGCUCAUCCUUAGAAAAUGAUGCUCAGCUGUUAAUGGACAACUACAGGUACAUAUUCUUAUCAGCCCAGGGCCUGAUGACAGUCCCCUCAGCCUGUGAUAGUAGUGACUGCAAUAGCAGUUCAGCUGACAGUGAGAAUACAUCUACCAUUGUGAAUAAUAGUGCGAGCAGCAGUAAACAAACUGAAGAACAACAACACGUGCUCUUGCCAAAUACUGAACUAUUAGUUGCAGAGAAUGGACCAAUAGAUCCAAACAUCCCUGUGGAAGUGGAGGUAGCUGCUGCAUUGCCCAUGCCCAAAUUGAGUGACACAUCACCACCUGCAGAAAAUCCCAAGACAUCCAAUGGGCCUGUUUGAAACUCAGUUUCUGACGCUGAACAUCAGUCAUAUCAGUGGAAUUGGCCUAUUGUGUAUUCUUGGUUGAAUAGGCAUCCUGCCUGAAAACUGAGUUCUGGAAAAACUGUUUACAUUUUGAAUUGGGCAUGUACUAUUGGUUAUGGGAUUGUAUUCCAUUGCUGAAACAUGGUUUCUAUAGGAGGAACAAGAGGACUGAACCUAACUGUAAAAUAGUGUUCCUUAAAAGGUGCUCAAUAACUUGUAUUAAUUGUAUUAUACUCCUGUGAGGUUUUGACUGGGGGAAGUUUAAGCUCCUUUUUUAUGUUGCAAAUUUACUGAAAAAUGUGUAGGAAGUGUAAUUUUUAGAAAGCAGCAAAAGGUGCCUAUGCUUACAAAAAUAAGUGUUCAAAGUGAUGAAAGUGAACUUUAAACAUGAAAUUCUGUUUAAAAAUUGUUGAAAAUUGUUAUUUAGCGUGGAAUGGAAUAUGUAAUUUAAAAUCUCAAAACAGUACUGACUUGAAAAAACAAUCUGUGCUGAAAGAAUAUUCUGUGAAGGGUGUGUAUAAUGAUCUAUGUGUAUAUGUUAGUGUCUAUACAUGAUUGUGGGUGUGUGUGUUUAGUGUGCCCUUGUAUAUUUGUGGACAUGAAAUGGCACACUUGCAUGUAAAGAUUGUGUACUUCAUCCUCAGGAAUUUAUCAUCGUUGAAAAGACUCCUGUAAAUAGAUUGAGUUGUUAGAUUAAAAUAUCAGAGCAUGUAUUUAUUUUAAUUUUUUAGAAUAUGUGGAUGUACAUGUAAUUGGAGUGUAAACCUGUUCCUUACGAUUUCUGUGAUUUAUGCAGGUGCCUCUUUGUAAGGGAAAGAGUAUUGUAAGAAAUGAUAUUGUCUAUGCUUCCCAUUGAGAGACAGAGUGAACUACUACUAAUUGUUUUGUGAUUAGUUUUGUAAUAUAUGUUCAUACGAGCCAUCUUAACAUGAAUGUUACCUUUACGGGAGUACUGCAAUCCAAAAUUGUCUUCAGAUGGUGGCAUUGCUUCAGGAAUGCAUUUGCAGUUUUUGAUACUCUAAUCUUAUUUAUUUUUGCACAUUUUUGAAGUUCUUCCAUCAUCUCAUUUUAUCAAAUUGUAAAAUGUAGCAGUAUUACUUUAGCAGGAAAGGUACAGCAUAUAGCAGUUUGAAAGUCACCUUUAUAUGUAUCUUUUAAUAGACAAACUUAAGUACUGUCUAAAUCAUUCUUAUUGGCAAAGAGCUGUGCAAUCUAUUCAGUAUUGUAUGUGUCUGUGGAAGUGUUCAUAUGUUCCCAUUACUUUGUUUCCUUAAAAUGGUCAGUAUGGAUCAUUAGUUGCUUCUGUUACAUAUCAUAAAAUUAUUUCCUUCUAUUGUUUUUAAUGACUUAGAUUGUAGGUGCAAUAAGUUUUGGACAAUAGAGCUGUUUAUUUUCAAAGGACAGUUUGUUGAAUUUGCAAUAUAAAAACACCACUCCAUGGAACAAUAUAUUCAGAGCAAUGGAAUACAGGCCCAGCCCUCACCAGUCUGUAAAUGAUGGAGUCACAUGUAGAGAUAAAUGCAAACAGUAGCUUCAAGUAAAAAAAAGAAGGAAGAAAGAACUCCUGUGCAUAUUUGUUACCAAAUGAAUGGUUAUUAUAUUGGCAUAUCGAUAAUUGUUGCAGUUGAAAAGCAAUACUAGUAUAAAUACUGUAUCACUUCAUUAUUAAUACUUCCACAGUGAAAAAAAUAAUUUCAUAAUCAGUUAGAUCCAUUAUUUCCUAUCAUUAUCUUCACUUUUAAAAUACAAAGCGAUUUUUAUAAACAUUUUGUGAUACCUGUGGUCUUCUUCAUGUUGCUUUAUUUUGAGACCUUUACAUUGAUUUCAGUUUUUAACAGUUUCUUAAUAUGACUGUGGUGCAGCUGUAUCCUUGUUUUGAUCAGUUUUAUUUUUAUGUGAUGUAGUUGUUAGAAGAUAAAUAUUUAGAGACCACACAGAUUCCAUGUCUGAAUUACAGACUUUUAGAGAAACUUGAGACUUUUGUGAACAUACAGACAUAUAAGUAAUUUUGUUAUUUUAAUAUUGAAGUUUCCAAAGGUUACCACCAUUUCUGCCUGUGAAUUCAUAACCUGUGAUAUAUUAAUUUUUUAAAAAGAUGCAGUUAAGCUCAAAAUAUUAAACUUGAUGAUAUUUCAGAAGUGCCAGGGUGCAAUUUUGGAAUAUUCCAUGUUGUAAACAUUCUUUAGCAGAACUGCCUUAUAUAAAAUGUUAAACACACAAACAGUACAAGUGUUAUUUUACAUAGUAUAACAAGUGGUGUAUAUGUUGAAAUGGAAAAUAUUGCAACUAGAAAUGUGAAAAACAGUUCUUGUUAAUGUAAGGUCCAAAUUUUAUAACCUUAUAUAAUUGAAAAUGCUUAAUGUUCAAAAGAAAAUACAAAACAUUUAUUAUA